AUGACGACGGGAGCACGAAAGAAAAAGUCCAAACAUUUACCAGCUAUUCAUCAACCAAUACUAAAGGCUACGCCGUUACGCAGAACUGAUGAUAGCGACUCAGGAAAAGCAAAUUCAAUCAGCAGUAGACUGACCGACACUCCGAAGUUGGACGAGGACCAUGAAUUCAAGUUUAAUGAGGAAUUAGAAAGGACCCUGAAGGCAGCUGAAGGGCUUCUCAUAGAAGAAGACGAUGAGAGCUCGGAGACUUCGACGAAAAACUCACCACCUACGGACAGUGGCCGGCCAAAUAGCAGCACAUCUAGAACCGCUGAGCCUGACGAGAUAGGUCCAUCGACUUCAGCUGCAGACAAUAUGGAGGAUAGGAAGAGUGUUAUAUCUGAGGCAGAGAGGAAGGCAGAAAUGAUAAGGAAGGAGAAAUUAGCUGACAGCGAUGAGGAGGACUUCAUCAGAGACGAGGAUAGUGAUCCCAUUGCUGGAAUUUACUCUGACAACGAGGACAUUUUGGCAUCUGAUGAGGAACAAGUCGUGGGGAAUAGAGUAGGAAAGGUGGUGCAUAGCUCCGAUUCACAAAAGGAAGAGAUUCUUCCACCUGAUGAUGAUGAAGAAGACCCUACGGAAACCACGGCGGAGCGAAUGGUUCACAGUUCACAUUCGCAGAAGGAAGAGAUUUUACCAGCUGAUGAAGAAGAUACUAGACCAAAAACUUCCCAUUCUACACCUUCACAACUAAGUCGCAGGGAAGCCGAGGAACCUCAGCAACGUCCAACAACAUCAGCUGACAGCAAUCGCGAAGAAAUUCUCCCU